AUGCUGCUGUGUACAGAGAGGGUUCAGAUCGGGGUUGGAGGUGCCGCGGUGUGGGGUGCGGGUCGGCACGGGGCUGGAGAUGAAGAUGGUGUGGGGGUGGUGUCGGGGUUGGGACGAGUCCUCGGCUGCGGUUGGCAUCGGACACCGGGACAGAGACCAGGGCCGGUGGUAACCUGCACCAUCUCCCUCAGAAUCGUCAGAGUCCGCCUCGGCCACCACUCCCUGUCUCCCGUCUACAAAUCCGGGCAGCAGCUGUUCCGCGGCGUCAAAACCAUCCCGCACCCUGGCUACUCGCACCCCCGCCACACCAACGACCUCAUGCUCAUCAAACUGAACAGAAGAAUCCACGAGACGCAGGACGUCAAGCCCAUCAACAUCUCCUCUCGGUGUCCAUCCGCGGGGACCAGCUGCUUGGUGUCCGGCUGGGGAACCACCAGCAGUCCCCAGGAGAACUUCCCCAGCGAGCUCCAGUGCCUGAAUAUCACUGUGCUGAGCACCGAGAAGUGCAAGGAGGCCUAUCCCGGACAGAUCGAUGCCACUAUGUUCUGUGCCGGUGACGAAGCAGGCAGAGAUUCCUGCCAGGGCGAUUCCGGGGGACCCGUGGUCUGCAACGGCUUCCUGCAGGGCCUCGUGUCCUGGGGAGACUUCCCCUGUGCCAAGCCCAACAGACCCGGCGUCUACACCAACCUCUGCCGGUUCACCAAGUGGAUCCACGACACCAUCCGGUCCAACUCAUGAGUCACCCCAGGGCCUAGCAUUCCGGGGUCCCCCGCCCCCCUGCGAGUCCCCAGCCCUGCGGGGACCUGACACUCCUUGCGCACCCCCAUGUCGAGGAUAUUCACCUCCGGCCCCCUGAGUCUCCAGGAACCGGGGCCUCCCUUCUUCGACAGUAGACUGACCCCCAGAUCUCCAUUUGGAUCCUGGGGACAUUUCCCAGACUGGCCAGAAAUAAAACGCCU